CAGAACAAUAUUACACUAAUUACAACACAACAGGCAUAAAGCAAGACUUUCCUGCGUUCCUCAGGCCUAGGCCCAUGGUGGUUUCGUGCAGGAAGCUCUGGAGGGCAGGAAUCACCGCUGCACCUUCCUGGCCCUAAAUUGAGCGAGCUCACUUCACAGUGCGAGCCCACAUCACUUGCAGCAAUCAGCACGUGCCUGUGGGCUGACUGUAGCUAACCUUUAUUAAGCACGAAGUGCUCCCGGUCUGUGCCAAAUUCAUGCAUAGCCCUCGAGGACCCUCUAGAAGGUAGACGGCUUUACUCCUUCAAGAUCGCAGGCUAGGGUGGGCCAGGGGUCUGAGAGCCGAGACUUAUAUCUCAUCUGUUUUCCUCGCUUCCACCCAUGCAAGCUGCAGGCAGAGGACGUCAAACCCCUGUGUCCUCUGGGUCUCCAAGCGAGGGCCGCAGGUGGCAAACCUGUUCCCCUCAAGAGACCCAGGGCUGCGGGCUCGGAGGCCGGAGGUGGGAGGAGUCACUAUUGAGCGGCACGUGGUCGCCCAAAUUGGGACUGGACCGAGCACCUGUCUCCCUUCCCAUGCCAAACUUGGAAGCGGCGCCUGGGCGCUCCGGAGACCCCGCAGAUGCUGCUUCUGCAGGCCUUGCCGACGCUGGGCAAACGCUCUACACUGAGCAACGAGGACUCUGAGCUAAUGGCAGAUAGGCUGGGGCUGUAAAGGCCCUUCCAUUUCGUUUAGAGCCUUCCAGCCACGUCCAAAGCCAUCUUUAUUAUACACCCAAACCCGGCCGUGUCUUUUCUCCUACUCAGGAGCACUUAGGACUACCGCCGCCCGGAAUGGGGUAACGUCCGACUCGCACGUAGCCUGACCCGAGGCCGCAGCUGUUAGAAGACUUCGUUCCCGCGUCCCGCCCAGAGAGGGUCAGAGACCGGCCUGAAGCAGCAGAGCCCGGCGGAGACUAGGACCCAGGUCCCCACUGCGUCCCGCGCCGACGUCACCGAGGCCCCGCCCCCAGGUCGGCGACUAUCCGCCAUCCCCCGGAGAGCCCGAAGCAGCCUUGCUCCCCAGUUCGCUCAAACAGGUCCUCUGGCCCCCCGGGUGUGCUCAAGGGAGAAACUGACACCGGGGCUGUUUGUUAAUUAUUCUGCCCUUAUUCCACGCCUCAGGGACAGCAGAUCUGUUUUCCUUUCUUCUAGACUGCACGGGACAGCGGGGAAGGACGGGAGAAAGGGGAGGGGGCUAAAGCCACGGUUUGAAGAAGCGGGGCAGUCCGCCACACUCAAGAUGGCGGCGCGGCCGUGGCGAGGUCCCUCAGAGGCGGUACCGGCGCAUGCGCAGCGCGGAGUCCCGGCCCGGGACACAAGAUGGCGGCAGCGGCACUGGGGAGGGCGAGGCGGAGGCGGCAAAACGGGCGGUCGAGCAGAACGUGUAGCCGCAUCCCCUCGAGUCCGCUCUGGGCAGCUGCCGAUCCAAGAAGUCCUCUGGGCCCCUGUCCACUCCACUGCUGACCAGCCCGCCCACUUGUGCUGGGCCUUUCUGCGGGCCUCCCCCUUGCCUCUGUUGGACCCUGAGACGUGGGAGUCAGUCCUGCUGGAGAAGAAAACCCUCUCAUGCUAACCUUGCAGACCCCAGAGGGUCCCUUGAGGGUGCUGAGAUGGCCAAUGAGAAUCACGGCAGUCCCCGGGAGGAGGCAUCCUUGCUGAGUCAUUCUCCAGGCACCUCCAAUCAGAGCCAGCCCUGUUCUCCAAAGCCAGUCCGCCUGGUGCAGGACCUCCCAGAGGAGCUUGUGCAUGCGGGCUGGGAGAAGUGCUGGAGCCGGAGGGAGAAUCGUCCCUACUACUUCAACCGAUUCACCAACCAGUCCCUGUGGGAGAUGCCUGUGUUGGGCCAGCACGAUGUGAUUAUUGAGAUCCCUGUGACACCCACAGGCCAAUCAGUGCCUGGUUCCCCCAGUGUCCCAGGAACACCAACCAUGAAGACUUGGGUGCCUGAAGAUAAACAGUCAGCUUUCUGCCGACCAACUGAGGUGUACUGGGACCUGGACAUCCAGACCAAUGCUGUCAUCAAAUACCGGGGCCCUUCAGAGGUACUGCCCCCCCAUCCAGAAGUGGAGCUGCUGCGCUCCCAGCUCAUCCUGAAGCUUCGGCAGCACUACCGGGAGCUCUGCCAGCAGCGAGAAGGCAUCGAGCCUCCGCGGGAGUCUUUCAAUCGCUGGAUGCUAGAGCGCAAGGUGGUAGACAAAGGGUCUGAUCCCUUAUUACCUAGCAACUGUGAACCAGUUGUGUCACCUUCCAUGUUUCGUGAAAUCAUGAAUGACAUUCCCAUCAGGUUAUCCCGAAUCAAGUUCCGAGAAGAAGCCAAGCGCCUGCUUUUUAAAUAUGCAGAGGCUGCCAGACGGCUCAUCGAGUCCAGGAGUGCUUCCCCUGAUAGCAGGAAGGUGGUCAAGUGGAACGUGGAAGAUACCUUCAGCUGGCUGCGGAAGGACCACUCAGCCUCCAAGGAGGACUAUAUGGACCGCCUGGAGCACCUGCGGAGGCAGUGUGGGCCCCACGUCUCAGCUGCAGCCAAGGAUUCUGUGGAAGGCAUCUGCAGUAAGAUCUACCACAUCUCCCUGGAGUACGUCAAACGCAUCCGAGAGAAGCACUUGGCCAUCCUCAAGGAAAACAACAUUCCAGAGGAGGUGGAAGCCUCUGAGCUGGACCCCCGUCUGGUGUACUGCUACCCGCUGCGGCUGGCUGUGCCCGCACCCCCCAUGCCCAGUGUGGAGAUGCACGUGGAGAACAACAUGGUCUGCAUCCGGUACAAGGGAGAAAUGGUCAAGGUCAGCCGCAGCUACUUCAGCAAGCUGUGGCUCCUUUAUCGAUACAGCUGCAUCGAUGACUCACCGUUUGAGAGGUUUCUGCCCCGGGUCUGGUGCCUUCUCCGACGCUACCAGAUGAUGUUUGGCGUGGGCCUCUAUGAAGGGACUGGCCUUCAGGGAUCGCUGCCUGUGCAUGUCUUUGAGGCCCUCCAUCGACUCUUUGGCGUCAGCUUUGAAUGCUUCGCCUCACCUCUCAACUGCUACUUCCGCCAGUACUGUUCUGCCUUCCCUGACACAGAUGGCUACUUUGGCUCCCGCGGACCCUGCCUGGACUUUGCCCCACUGAGUGGCUCCUUUGAGGCCAACCCUCCAUUCUGCGAGGAGCUCAUGGAUGCUAUGGUCUCUCACUUUGAGAAACUGCUAGAGAGCUCACUGGAGCCCCUGUCCUUCAUUGUGUUCAUCCCUGAGUGGCGGGAGCCCCCCACACCAGCGCUCACCCGCAUGGAGCAGAGCCGCUUCAAACGCCACCAGCUGGUCCUGCCUGCCUUUGAGCAUGAGUACCGAAGCGGCUCCCAGCAUGUCUGCAAAAAGGAGGAAAUGCACUACAAGGCUGUCCACAACACCGCCGUGCUCUUCCUACAGAACGACCCUGGCUUUGCCAAGUGGGGGCCGACGCCAGAGCGGCUACAGGAGCUAAGUACCGCUUACCGGCAGUCAGGCCGCAGUCAUGGCUCCAGCUCUUCUUCAUCUUCCUCCUCAGAAGCCAAGGACCGGGACUCUAACCGAGAACAGGGCCCAAGCCGAGAGCCUCAUCCAACUUAACACACCUUGCGGGGAGGAGGAGCCCUGGGGGUGCUGGUAUGGACUGCUGGGACUCCAGGCCCCUCCCUGGGCUGGCAGCAGGACUUGGGCUGCCACUGACAUAGGAAUAUUACUGCCCUGUCAGGGCUCCCCCUCCUUGCCCCUCUCCCCACAUCCCAACUCAGAUUCAUUCUACAUCCUUUGUAAAUAGGCCCAAUGCCUUCCCAACCCCACAACGACCCUGUCGCCACCUUGUUUCAUUUGUAAAAGGAAAUACAUAACCCCCUAAGAAUGUGUGAGGGUCGUGAGGGCAGAAAAGGCUGAAGACCUGGAGCCACUCUGGAUCACUAACUCCACACCUGGGGUUACUGGGUAUGGGGUUAGCAAUCCUGAUUCCUGGGCCUCUGUACCACAUCCCAGAGACUCCAUAAACCAGGGCCCUGGUGGCCUCUGCCUGUGCCCAGGAGAUUGGAGGAGUCCAGGGCCUGUGCUAUCUAACUCCAGUCUUCCAUAGCCAAGCCAACCCAGGUAUCUCUGGCAAUGAGGACCAGUACUUAUGGCCUGUGCCCAGGCUGAAAGCCAGACUCUUUACCAAGCCUGGAGCCCCCCCUUUGAGCAGGCAGCUGGGCUCAGGAGGUAGCAUUAGA